CGCACAGCACGCUCACACGACCGCGCGUGCGCAACCACGCGACCUGUCAACCGCUGUCAGUUCCGACUUCCAGCUCGGAACGCGUUACUGGCAAAUUGACUUUUAAAAAUGGAACGGAUGACUAUCGACUUUUUUACCGUUGACCUUACUUAAUUUUUUUUAAAGAUAGUGUAUAUAAAGGGUGAAGUGAUAAACAAUUUUGAAGCGACUGUACUUACAAAGGUUUAGAAAUAUUUACACAGAGUGUUCCGAAUUCAGUGCUAAACGUUCUCUAGGUCCGCUUAAUAUUCUUCAGUGGUGCCAAGGGCGUGAAUUUUGACUUGUUUGAAGUGUGAACUGACUACAUUGUUUGUGAACAAUAUAAUUAGCUGAAAAUUGUGUUUUCAUUUCGACCCUGAAAUAUAUUUGCACAUUUUUGGGAUUUUCUCCUAUUGCAUAAGGAUUGCACGUACCUUUAAAUCGCUCGGUGUGGGAUACCGGUGAGCAGUGGCGCGGUCCUCGUGUCGCCAAUGAUGACAACGGUGACGGCGCCCAGGGACGCCAACCAGAGCGUGCCGAUUUAUAUAACACACUCCACAAGCCAACAUGUUCACAAGGUUCGACCAGGGCAAAUCAACGAAAGGCGCGAGCAAGCUACGACGCGACCUCAUCAACGCAGAGAUUGCCAACCUUCGGGACUUAUUACCCCUCCCCCCUUCCACCAGACAGAGGUUGUCACAACUACAACUCAUGGCUCUCGUCUGUGUCUACGUGAGGAAAUCCAACUACUUCCAACAAGUUUUCAAACGCUUUGACAUCAACCACCAGCCGUCUACUUCACUUAAUUUUGGAUUUUCAAAAGCACUGAACGGAUUCUUGAUGAUGAUGACACAAAAUGGAAAAUUGCUAUACAUAUCGGACAACGCAGCGGAAUACCUCGGACACUCUAUGGAGGACCUCCUAAUCCACGGAGACAGUGUCUACGACGUGAUAGACAAACAGGAUCAGCAGGCAGUGAGAACAGAAUUGUCCCGAGCACCAACUGAUGGAGAGGACCGUGUGUUCCUCUGUCGAAUGAACGUAGCCAGGAAUGCUAGACGACAAAUGCGGUUUGGAGACCAGAAAGUAAUACUAGUCCGCGGUCACUACGUAUCGUACCUGCCGCUGUGCAGCCGCAACGAGCCGGUGUUCCUGGCCGUGUGCACGCCGCUCGCCAUGCCCGAGACGCGCGAGUGCGUCGUGCACGGCGCCACCAACGUCUUCACCACCGUGCACGCCAUGGACAUGAAGAUAAUACACAUUGAUGCCAAUAGUGAGUGGCAUUUGGGCUGGGAGAGAAGUUCCCUGCACGGCGUCAGCUGGUACCAUCUACUGCAUCCUGACUGCUGCAAGGAAGCGCAGAGUAAACAUCGGUUAAUAACGCAAUCAGAACAGGAGCGUUCCUGCAUCGCCCUACUUCGAUUGCAGCGCCGCUCUGGACAGUUCCUCUGGGUACAUGCUGUAUUACAGCUCAAGGACAACUUGGAGAACUCACAGCGACCUGUCAUCGUGUGCACUAACCAGGUGUUAAGUGAACAAGAAGCAGCAGUCAUGAAAGCCAAUCCGUGGCUCUACCACUACUACGCAGUUCAAUCCAAACUGCACUACGGUUUGGCGUAUGAAGCUGCUACAAGGAUGUAUGGGCCACCGCCGCCAGAUAUACAAGUCUACCCUCCAGCAAUGCAGUACACGCCGACUCCACCAGUCUGCAUCAAUGGCAACCAACCCGUGAUGAUGCCUAACCCUGGCAUACAGCCUCAUAUACCACAUGUUCCGCCACACUUAGCCCCUAUGCACUACGCCUACGAAAGAACCGAUAAUGGACCCGUCGAUUAUUCAGUUUCGCUGCAGGAAAAUAGAUACCACAAUUUACGGAUAGAGGAUACGAGGAUCCAGCCUAAUGCUAAGCGGAAAGGGAAAAGUAUAGACGAUAAAUCAAACACGCCAAUAUCAAAUAUGUCACCACGUUGUACACCUUCGACUGUUACUUCAGGGGGCGACACAUUAGUAGCUGUUUCAGCGGGUUCCAUUGCCAGUAGAAGACCGGGAUCCAAAAAUUUUAACAUAACAGAAACCGAAAUGGUUGACCAAUGGAAUCCGAGUCCCACGUGGUCAGAAUCAGCGCUACAAAAAGUGCCUGACGUCUGUCACCAGGACCUUAGUCCUUACGUGACGACAACGCCUCCUACGCCGUCCGGGACACCUACAGCCUACACCCACAACUAUAGUCACACCUUCGUAUUCGACUGGUCACCAGAGCAAUAUGUUCCUCAUACUAACAAUAGAUGUAACACAAUAACCACAGAAAGUUCCUAUCAACAGACGUGGAAUAGGAGCCAAAGGACAACGUUCGCUAAUAGCGCCGAGAACUCGGUAGAUGAAAACUCCAAUCCUAAUAGAUUAAGUUUACCAAUGAGGGUCAGUAAUCCACCGCCAGCGUAUAAUGCAUCUAGGGAAGACGUACUUAGAAGGCAAAUUGAUCGACCACAUUCAGAUUCGCCGGAUGCCAAAAAGCCUGCGUUAUAACUGUAGUAUAAUUCCUUGUAAUUUCUUUAAAUAGUUAAAUAAUUUGUUACCCUGUAAUAAUAAAUUUUAUUAAUUUUAGAAAAAGCUCUGGAACUCUCCUGUGAUCUAUGUGUAUAAUUAUUUUUUGUGUAAUUAUAGAUUGUUUGUAGAUACAUAAUAUUGUCCGGUAUCAUGGAUUCUGUACAAAGUAAUGGUAUGCUAGAAAGUAAUUAGUUUUCACAUUCAAUGUGAUUUGUGUGUAUAUGAAAUGUAUAAUUUCUUGUAAAUAUUUAUAGGUAAUGUGCCUAGAACCAAUACUAGUUCAUGCUUUGCUGAAUCGAUGCCGUCCAUUUUCUAGCUCCUUUUAUUCCCAGUGCUAUUCAUAAAUUAUGCGCAAACGCAAUAUUGCUUCUGGUACCGUUCAAACUGGAGGUUGCAAAUCCCUAUUGAAUAAAACAAUAGCUAGUCUGGUUUUAGCUCGUCGCUCUAAUUUCUCUUUCUGCCUUUGAAUAUAAAAAAGUAACGAACGCAAAGUUUGUAUCAGAAGCAGUCGUUACAAAACCUUGUUUACUCCGAACCAUUUUUCGGUGUUUUUCGACGAUGUUAAUAGUCAUUAUUUAUGAGUUUCAAAAAUUGCUCUUUAUUGGGUAAUAAAGACCUUACUUAAUAAAAUACCUAAAUUUAAUAGAAGAAAAUCAUUACAUUUCCCUAUUUCUUUCUUCUCCGAAUAAUUACGUAAUGUAUUUAUCUAAUUCCGUCCAUUGUUGGAGUAUAGGUAGAAUUAAGAAUAUUGUACAAAAUAGUCAUAAGUUUGUAAAAUAUAAAACAGGAACAACUAUUUGUAACAGGAGAAGUAUCUAGUAUUAAUUUAUGAUCACUAUUUUGUUGCGUUUUACGAAGUAAAGACUAUUA